CUCAAUCGCAGUUGAAGUUAGGGGUGGACUCGCAGCGUGUGCAGUAGAGAGAGAGAGAGAGAGAGAUAGAGACAGACACUCUGCCUGCACCCAACCCGCCCUGCCCUCCACUCCACUCCAUCCCUGCUGUGUCCCGGGCAACCUCUCUCCUCUCUGCUCAUGGCUAGCGAAGGGUUGGACAAGAGCGAGGAGACGGACCACAUGAUUGAGAAAGAUGCGGCGAAAGAUCGGGGCAGCGGGCUGGGGGACACCAAAGAGAUCCGAGCCGUGCUCCUCUCCGGCUUCGGGGGGCUGAACAAGCUCAGGGUGGCCAGGAAGGCGAUGCCCGAACCACUGGAAGGAGAGCUGAAGAUCCGAGUCAAGGCCUGUGGCCUGAAUUUCAUCGACUUGAUGGUUCGCCAAGGCAACAUAGACAAUCCACCAAAGACACCUCUGGUUCCUGGAUUCGAAUGCUCUGGCAUUGUGGAGGGUUUGGGAGACGGCGCAAAAGGCUUUGAGAUCGGAGACCGGGUGAUGGCUUUCGUGAAUUAUAACGCCUGGGGAGAGGUGGUCUGCACUCCGGUGGAGUUUGUCUACGCGAUGCCGGACGACAUGGGGUUUGCGGAAGCUGCAGCUUUCCCCAUGAACUUUGUAACCGCCUACAUGAUGCUGUUCGAGGUGGCGAAUCUUCGGCAAGGAAUGUCCGUGCUGGUGCACUCUGCUGGUGGAGGAGUGGGUCAAGCCGUGGCCCAGCUGUGCUCCACCAUUCCAGAUGUGACGGUGUUUGGAACGGCCUCCUCUUUCAAGCACGAAGCCAUCAAGGACACCAUCACUCAUUUCAUUGACAGGAACGCCGAUUAUGUGCAAGAUGUGAAAAGGAUCUCUCCUGAAGGAGUAGAUAUUGUCCUCGAUUGCUUGUGUGGAGAGAACACUGGCAAGGGCCUCGGCCUCUUAAAACCGCUCGGAACUUACAUCCUGUACGGCUCUUCAAAUAUGGUUACCGGGGAGACUAAAAGUUUCUUCAGCUUUGCAAAAUCAUGGUGGCAGGUUGAAAAGGUGAACCCCAUAAAGCUGUAUGAAGAGAACAAAGUCAUUGCUGGAUUUUCUUUGCUCAACCUUCUCUUCAAACAAAACCGAGGGGACAAAGUGAAAGCAGUGAUGGACAAGCUGAUAUCGCUGUUCAACCAAAAGAAGAUCAGGCCCUUGGUGGAUUCGCUAUGGGCUCUGGAAGAGGUGAAAGAGGCCAUGCAGCGAAUCCAUGACAGAGGAAACAUAGGAAAACUUAUCCUGGACGUCGAGAAGACUCCAACACCACUGAUGGCAAGUGACAGCACGGAGACCAGUGAAGCGGGCGAGGAAGAGGAGGAUCACGAGGGCGACAAUGGCAACAAGGAGCGCAUGCCCUUCAUCCAGUAGCCGCGCCAGUCGGAGACCGGAGGCAGUGGACCCAGAAUGAUCCCCGACAUGUUUACUUUCUUUUCAGUUUUUGUCGCCGGAGGAAGGAAUGACUUGAGGAUGGUGUCCCUGAUGCACUAGUGAACAAAUGCUAUUGUACUGUGCUUGUUUGUGUUUGUCAGCCAAGCUACUAGCUGUUUAAGAGUCGUAGUGAGUGAUCUGAACUACUAAAGUGCCAUAUCCUUUCCAGUGCAGUAUUAAUGACCACAUCCCAUGUUAAGAUCCUUUGAACAAGAAGCCCAUAGUAUUAUGUUUCUCCUUGUUUUAAAGUGGGAACUGUCCUUUGUUUGUGAAUUUAUUCCAGUCUUACUUGCGUCUCCAUAUCUCACUUGAUUACCCUUUUAUUUCUUUUGACGCUGUUAGUUUUCUUGUGCAUGUUUUCUGUUAGCCUGUUGGUGCCUGUAUUUAAUCCAGUAUACACUGACCAGAGAUCGUUCAGUAAAGUCAGCAUUAAGUGUUCCAGACAUGCAUCUUUGACCAGUACAAGUGAUGGGAACUGCUUCUAAACUAGCUCUACUAAGGAAAACAAAACAGUGUCGACCUAUUAAUCAGCUCCAGAACCGAAACAUUGUGAAUGGAGUUCACAGUUGGUUCAUUUUGUUGCAUUUGUUGCAUUAGUGCGUUUGUUAUAUUGUGCCACUCAAACAUUGUUUACAUAAAAAAAAUACAAAAAAAUAAAAAAAUGAUUAGUA